UAUUUGCACGACGCACUUACAAAUAACAACUUGCACGCCUCACACGCCCCCAGAAGCACACAACCAGAAACCCAUUUUUAAACUCAAAACAGCAGCGAAGCAACACAGCACAUAACCACCGCCGACAGGCCGCACAGCACACGCAACGCAGCAGACCACACUGCAGAUAUGUCCCUGAAAAGAACGAUACGUGACGACGAGCAUUCAGUUGUCGCCGUAGAGGUAGAGAGCGGCGACGCGUGCAUGCGAUCAAGCCCAGCCGAAGAACAACGGCAGGNAAAUAAACGUUCAGACAGGAUAUUUGUUUUGACAGGAGGAUUAGACUAGACUACAUAAAUAGACAAAGACGAGAGCACCAACGUUUUUUCAUCAUGGCUCACCAAAAUAAACGUUCAGACAGCAGGAUAUUUGGUUUGACAGGAGGAUACUUCGAGGUAUAUACGGAGAAUGUCUGUAUGUUGAUUGAUGGAAUUUACGUUGUCUGUCAUUAUGUGAUGAGAUGGUACUGCGAUGUGCUGGGUGCCUGCAUGUAUGUACUGCUGCGCUGGGGGGCAUGGAAGUAUUGGAGGUGCUCUUGGAGAGGUCUAACCCAUAGGAUGGCGAAUGAGAAGAAUUCGGGGAUAGGGGCGAGUGUGACAGGGGUGCGUGCGG